AUAAGUGUAAGGGGAUAAGCUACCUGGUACCUACAUAAGUAAUACCCGGGAUCUAGAUCUGCGAAGCUCGGGGUUGUAUUGUACUUGGACCUUCAGCUCCCCGCUCUAAAAUAUUUAUUAAUAUUCUCCCGUCUCACAACUUUGGAACUUGAAUCUCGCCAAUUCUAACUCCAUCAUUUCAAUUCUGAAUACUAAACCCUUUUUUUUUUUUUUUUUUUGGAGAUACUUAUAUACCUAACCUGUGUACAAGGACAUACCUGUCUACCUGGUAGGUGUAUUCUAACCUUAAGUUGAGUUGAAUUGGAUUGCAUCCAGAGGGAAAUUGUUCAUUGCGAACUGAGCAGCGCAGUGAGUCCUGGACCUGGACCUGGACCUAGACCUUGCACACCCCAUCAACUACCAACCAAUCAAUCAUACAAUACAACACACAAUACAACACCCCCCUUGGGUACCCACCGCAAUGGCAACUUCAUCCUCAUCCCCUCCACGCCCCCGAUUCCGGCUCGAAUUCCGCGUCGUAAGCGACGGCCAGGACACCGCGCGCGCCCAAGCGCUCACCCGCGCCGGGCAUCACGCGCACGGCAGCGCGUUCUCCUUCUUCCCCCUGCUACCCCCCGAGCUUCGCCUCAAGAUUUGGGAGUACUUGUUGGCGCCGCGCAUCGUAGCAGUAGCCUGUAUAGACGACAAUUCUCCCUUUCCUACCUCCUUUUCCGAGUCCGGGGAUGGGAAUGGGAAUGGCCAGGAAGACGAAGACGAAGAGGAUGAACCCCCGUAUCCGUGGCCCUCCUUCCCCCAUCUCCAGGACCCCCCCGCUCCGACCGCCGUCCCCCCCCUCCUGCUCGUGAGCCGCGAAGCAAGGCGCCUGGCUCUGGCGCGGUACACCCCCGCGUUCGGGUGGAAGGUUCCCUACGUCCUAGUCAGCAACUCGCCGUCGCAUUCGUCGUCCCCCGCCUCCUCGUCCUUGUUCUCGCCCUCGCAACAGCAGCAGCAGCAAGCGGGCGGCCACUCCACCUCCUUCUCCACCUCCACCUCUUCUUCUUCUUCUUCCGGCAGCGCGGCCUCGGCUUCUUGGUCUUGGUCCCGCCCCCGCGUGUGGUUCGACUACGCGCGCGACGCGCUGUACCUCGUCGGCGAGCUCGAGCCCUGCGACACCUACGGGUUCAACAGCCCGAUGGCGUACUUCCUGCGGCGCGAGGAGACCCGCCGCGUGCGCCGCCUCGCCGUCGCCUUCGGCGCCCUGCGCUACGGCGAGGCCGGCUCCCAGCACAUCUUCGGCGCCCUGUUCCACGUCGUCGACCGCUUCUCCCGCUUGCAGGGCGGGAAGGUGCUCGUCGCCGUCGUGCCUAGGGACGAGUUUACCCAUCUGCUGGUCGGGGGGGAGGGCCCGCUGGUGCGUCCGGAGAGAAAUGGGGCGGUGGGCGUCGGGGCUGGGGCUGGUGCUGGGGAGCAGAGGAGGGGAGGACAGGAGGAGGAGGAGAAUGUUGUGCAGAGGAUCUGGCGCGAUUGGUAUAGGGGCACGUCGGCGCUGGCAAAUACGCAGUUCGAGUUGGUUCGGGAGAUAGAUCUACCGGAGCAUGUCGCUAAGCCGGUUAGGUCUAUUACGAAUGAAGCGUAGUAUUACCCUCACGAAGGAUUAGGUACUACUUAUCUUACCUAUUGAAGGUUCAUAGAAUAUGAUUAUGUGAUGC